GCCAGGGGCGCGCCAAUGCAGGCACUGGCUGGCUGACUGCAUUGACAUAUCCUGCAGCCCGAGUUUUGACGUAUGACGAUAUGUUUAACUCAUAUGGGUUCAUUCAUGGCAUUUCUAGAUGGUGAUAACAUCCCCUUGACCCCGCCUCCCCAGGCCACCUUGAGCAUCACACAUCCUUCUCUUCCAUACUACUACUACUAGGUCUCCUAGGUCUUGCAAUCAUACCCUUUUACCCAGCGUAGAAACGAUACCCAAGUCCCUUUCACACACACACACACACACACACACACACACACACACACACACACACACACUCACACGGAGAAAACAGCAGACCAGUAGCAACCAUGGGAAACGAUGGAGAUGAUCGGGAGCCUACCCGCGAGAAUGAUACCAUGUUCCAGGCCUUCGAGUGGAACGUCCCGGCCGACAAGCAACACUGGAAGCGCCUGACGGGCGCCGUCCCCAAGUUGAAGGCCAUCGGAGUUGACAACAUUUGGCUCCCUCCCGGAUGCAAAGCGCAGUCCGCCGAGGGCAACGGCUACGACAUUUAUGACCUAUACGACCUCGGCGAGUUCGACCAGAAGGGUGGCAAGGCCACGAAAUGGGGCCCCAAAGAGGACCUGGUGGAGCUGUGCAAGGUGGCCAAGGAAAACGGCAUCGGCGUCUACUGGGACGCCGUGCUGAACCACAAGGCGGGCGCCGACAAGACGGAGCGGUGCCGCGUCGUCGAGGUGGACGACAAUGACCGUAACAAGGAGGUCUCGGACCCGUACGAGAUCGAAGGGUGGCUGGGCUUCGACUUCCCCGGCCGCGGGGACAAGUACUCGAGCAUGAAGUGGCACUGGGAGCACUUUGGCGGCACCGACUGGGACCAGGCGAACGAGCGCAAGGCCAUCUUCAAGAUCCUGGGCGACCACAAGGAGUGGUCGCAGUCCGUCGGCGACGAGCAGGGCAACGCCGACUACAUGAUGUUCGCCGACGUUGACUACUCGCACCCGGAGGUCCAGGAGGACGUCAAGAACUGGGCCGUCUGGAUCACCAAGGAGCUCGGCAUCAAGGGCUUCCGCCUCGACGCCGUCCAGCACUUCAGCCAGCGCUUCACCAACGAGCUGAUCGACAACCUGCGCGACGAGUGCGGCAAGGACAUCUUCGUCGUCGGCGAGUUCUGGACCGCCAACACGGAGGAGAUGACCGAGUGGCUCGAGACCAUGGACCAAAAGUUCUCGCUGUACGACGCGCCUCUCGUCUACAACUUCAGCAGCAUCAGCACCACCGAGGGCGGCGACCUGCGCAAGGUCUUUGACGGCACCCUCGUCCAGGCGCACCCCAUCAACGCCGUCACCGUGGUCAUGAACCACGACACACAGCCGGGCCAGACCAUGGACACCAAGAUCGAGGGCUUCUUCAAGCCGCUGGCCUACUCCUUGAUCCUGCUUCGAAAAGAAGGUUACCCGUGCCCCUUCUACGGCGACCUGUACGGCCUGCAGAAGGACUCGGAGCCGCCCUCGUGCGGAGGGCAGCUCGCCGACCUCGUGCUGGCCCGCAAGCUCUACGCCUACGGCUCCCAGGAAGACUACUGGGACGACGCGAACUGCAUCGGCUUCGCCCGGCGCGGGACGUGGGACAAGCCGGACGGCCUCGCGUGCGUCAUGAGCAACGCGGGGCCCGGCGAGAUCCGCAUGGCGGUGGGCAAGGAGCACACGGGCGAGCGCUGGACGGACGUGCUCGGGUGGGAGGAGGGCGAGGUGGUCAUCGACGACGAAGGGUACGGCGUCUUCAAGUGCCCCGGCAUCUCGGUGUCCGUCUGGGUGAACAAGGACGCCGAGGGCCGCGAGAGGUUCCCGACCAAUUUUGACUCGGACAUCUACAAGAAAUGAAGCAGCAGAUGUCUGGGAUCACUGCAAAAUAAUACCAGGGCCCAUGAUCAUCAAGGCGUUUGCUUCGGUACGCUGUGUCGGUUGUACCUUUGUAGAACGUGGUAAUCGGAUAGAAUAAUUACAGCUAAUAGAGAUUUGAGAAGGAGGAAUGUCAUCGUGCCCGGAUCUCGAUGACCACCCAGGCAGACAGAGACGCGAGCGAAAAGGGAAGCUUGUUCUCAUCUCUAGAUGUCACCAGGCGCGAAGCUGCAUGAAAGAAACGAUUAAAACAGCAUGCCGCAUGCUAAGGCAAGAGAGCCAAAGACAAAUACAAUAUCCGUUCCACCAGGGCCCCGUUUGGGUUGGGAUGGGUAGUCGGCCGCUCUCUGGCGAAGUCCCGGGAAACGUAGACCCCAUCCCCGAGGGAAUCGCAUACUGACCUCCGGCGGUACCGGGGUCGGUGGUCUCGGCGUUGGAGCCGGCGGCAGCCGUGGCGGUGACCGUGACAAGUCUGGGUCGCGUACGGCGAGACCUUGGUGUUCAGCUUGAUGCCGCAGAUAGCUUCCGUGUCCAACAUGGAUGGCGGGCUUCGUCUCUCGCAACCCAGGCUCUGCUGCUGAACGGAGGAAUCUGGACCUCACAAAGAUGCUGUGCGGCUGCUCAGGCUUGUUUGUAUCGAUAGCUUCAUAAGUUUACGUGGAUAUCCCAGCUACCGAGCCAAAACAAUC